AUGGUAACAGCAACGGUUGUGCCAACUACAGUGCUUCCCACCAGCCCUGAAACCCUUGUUCCACCAACCUCUCUGACUGAUUCCUCUCCUUCCCCUUCAGCUAUCCCAAGUUCCAGUGUCCUUCCCUCUGCUCCCCGAGAUGUGGUCCCUGUUUUGGUCUCCAGUCGAUUUGUCCGUCUCAGCUGGCGUCCACCGGCAGAAGCGAAAGGGAAUAUCCUGGCAUACACUGUUUACUUCUCCAGGGAGAACGUCAACAGGGAACGGGCACAGAACACAACACAGUCUGAGACACUUCAGCUUACUGUGGGAAAUUUGAAACCAGAGGAGAUCUAUACGUUCCGAGUGGUGGCGUACAAUGAAUGGGGACCAGGAGAGAGCUCGCAAUCCAUCAAGGUUGCCACGCAGCCUGAAUUGCAAGUUCCAGGGCCAGUAGAAAACCUGCGGGCUGUAUCUACCUCACCUACCUCAAUUCUACUUUCCUGGGAACCCCCUUCCUAUGCAAAUGGUCCAGUCCAAGGUUACAGAUUGUUCUGCACAGAGACUUCAACUGGAAAGGAACAGAAUAUAGAGGUUGAUGGACUAUCAUACAAACUGGAGGGGCUGAAAAAAUUCACGGAAUACACCUUACGAUUCCUGGCUUAUAACCGCUAUGGCCCUGGGGUAUCCACUGCAGAUCUUACAGUCAUGACUCUUUCUGAUGUACCAAGUGGGAUGCCUCAGAAUGUCUCCUUGGAAGUGGUUAAUUCACGGAGCAUCAAAGUUAGUUGGCUACCUCCACCAACAGGCACACAAAAUGGAUUUAUUACUGGCUAUAAAAUCCGACACAGAAAGACUACCCGCAGGGGUGAGAUAGAAACACUGGAACCAAACAACCUCUGGUACUUGUUCACAGGGCUUGAUAAAGGAAGCCAGUACAGUUUCCAGGUAGCUGCCAUGACAGUCAAUGGGACAGGACCCUCCUCAGAUUGGUAUACAGCAGAAACUCCAGAGAAUGAUCUUGAUGAAUCUCAGGUUCCUGAUCAGCCAAGCUCUCUGCAUGUCAGGCCAUUGACCACCAGUAUCGUCAUGAGUUGGACUCCACCACUGAAUCCAAACAUUGUUGUACGUGGAUACAUCAUUGGCUACGGAGUGGGUAGCCCAUAUGCCGAGACAGUGAGAGUAGACAGCAAACAGCGCUACUACUCUAUUGAAAACUUAGAGCCAAGUUCCCAUUAUGUAAUUUCCUUAAAAGCCUUUAACAAUGUGGGUGAAGGAGUUCCUCUCUAUGAAAGUGCCACCACUAGAUCACUGACAGAUCCCAUUGAUCCAUUAGAAGUUGAUUUUUAUCCUUUGCUUGAUGAUUUCCCUACCUCAGUCCCAGAUAUCUCCACCCCCAUGCUCCCACCAGUAGGUGUCCAGGCUGUUGCACUUACUCAUGAUGCCGUGAGAGUCAGCUGGGCAGACAACUCUGUCCCAAAGAAUCAAAAGACUACCGAGGUUCGCUUUUACACUGUUCGUUGGAGAACCAGCUAUUCGACAAGUGCUAAAUACAAGUCAGCAGAUACAACAGCUUUGAGCCAUAGUGUAAUAGGCCUUAAGCCAAACACUAUGUAUGAAUUCUCUGUCAUGGUAACUAAAGGUCGAAGGUCAAGCACGUGGAGCAUGACUGCACAUGCCACAACAUAUGAAGCAGCACCAACCUCUGCUCCCAAGGAUUUGACUGUCAUUACUCGGGAAGGGAAGCCUCGAGCUGUCAUUGUCAGCUGGCAGCCUCCAUUAGAAGCCAAUGGAAAAAUUACUGCUUAUAUUUUGUUCUACACCUUGGAUAAGAAUACUCCAAUUGAUGACUGGGUCAUGGAGUCAAUCAGCGGUGACCGACUUACUCAUCAAAUUAUGGACCUCAGCCUAGAUACAGUGUAUUAUUUUAGAAUCCAAGCUCGCAAUGCCAAAGGAGUGGGACCGCUUUCUGAUCCUAUUCUCUUCCGGACUUUGAAAGUUGAGCACCCUGACAAAAUGGCUAAUGACCAAGGUCGUCACGGAGAUGGGGCCUAUUGGCCAGUUGACACGAACUUGAUUGACAGAAGCAGCCUUAAUGAGCCUCCCAUAGGGCAGAUGCACCCUCCACAUGGCAGUGUAACACCUCAGAAAAACAGCAACCUUCUAGUCAUCAUUGUGGUCACCGUUGGGGUCAUUACAGUGGUGGUGGUGGUGAUUGUGGCUGUGAUCUGCACCAGACGUUCUUCAGCGCAACAGAGAAAAAAACGUGCUACCCAUAGUGCUGGAAAAAGGAAGGGCAGCCAGAAAGACCUGAGGCCUCCAGACCUCUGGAUACAUCAUGAAGAGAUGGAGAUGAAGAACAUUGAAAAACCUUCAGGUUCUGACCCCUCAGGAAGAGACUCGCCAAUGCAGAGUUGUCAGGACAUCACGCCAGUUAGCCACAGCCAGUCUGAAACUCAGCUGGGCAGCAAGAGUGCCUCACAGUCUGGUCCUGAUACAGAGGAUGUGGGAAGUAGCAUGUCCACUUUAGAGCGCUCGCUUGCUGCCCGCAGAGCCACACGUGCAAAGCUCAUGAUUCCAAUGGAUUCACAGCCAAGCAACCCUCCUGUUGUCAGUGCCAUCCCAGUGCCAACACUAGAAAGUGCCCAGUACCCAGGAAUUCUGCCAUCUCCAACAUGUGGAUACCCACAUCCACAGUUCACUCUCCGGCCUGUGCCAUUCCCAACACUCUCUGUUGACCGGACUUUUGGAACAGGAAGAACAGUGAGUGAAGGACCAGUCCCACAACAGCCAUCCAUGCUACCACAGACUCAGCCUGAACAUGCCAGCAAUGAGGAUGCCCCAAGCAGAACGAUCCCCACAGCCUGUGUCCGGCCUACGCACCCUCUCCGCAGCUUUGCCAACCCCUUGCUACCUCCACCAAUGAGUGCAAUAGAACCGAAAGUCCCUUAUACACCACUUUUGUCUCAAGCAGGGCCUAACCUUCCCAAGGCUCAGGUGAAAACAGCAUCACUUGGAUUAGCGGGAAAAGCGCGAUCCCCUCUGCUUCCAGUCUCGGUGCCAACAGCCCCAGAAGUUUCAGAAGAAAGCAACAAACAGACAGAGGAUCCAGCUAAUGUGUAUGAACAGGAUGAUCUGAGUGAGCAAAUGGCCAGUCUGGAGGGGCUAAUGAAGCAACUUAAUGCUAUUACAGGCUCAGCUUUCUAACAACUGUUGAUGAAUCGAUACUUUAUAUUAUCCAGGAACGUUGCAGCAUACAAGUAUUUCAUAUACACUACACACAUACGCAACCCACCUUUAUUCACUGACAUUCAUUCAACAAAAUUUGGCCCUUGCAAAUAAGUGAAACUACUACUGCAGAGGCCUCACUGAUGCCACUCGAUUGCUCAUUUUGAACUGCUAGCCUUUGUAAUAUUUGAGGUGUCAUGAUUAUCUCACAUUUGACUUAGAGGUGUGUAGUUUUGUGUGAAAAUCUAAUUUUGCUGCAUUCAGAUGCAUUUUUUAAACAUACACCAUUUGUCAGUGUGGACAUUCAUUCUUUUUUUAAUAUAUGCUUUUUGAUACCAGAGGAUGCAUAACAAAUAAUCACGACAUAGCACCAAAGGAUUGCAAGUGUUAUCAACAGCACAAAACAAGACAAAUAAUUCCCAUUUCUUUUGUAAUUUCAAAUAACUUAUCCUGCACAAACCAUGUUGCUGUAAAAUCCACCCAUUUUUGCAAGUAUUUGGAAAUCCUCCCAUAGUUACCAUUUUAUAGUUGGUUACAGAAAACGGGAACAUAGAAAAUCUGCAUUAGCGGCACACUGCCAGCUGCCAUAUACUUACAAAAAGAGGAUAUGAUAUGCAAUCUUCUCUGACACACAGUAAUUAUGUGCUUAAGCUUGGAAUAGAACAGUUCUAAAUCUGGGUGGCCUUUGUGCCACACUGCACUGUGAUGACAUUUGAAAGCGCCUUCAUGGCCAUCUUUCGCAGCAGCAAUGAGGAAAAUGGGCUGAUAUUCCUCCCACACCUUUUCUCCUCUGCCUCCUGUUUGAGACUGCUCAGUUCCAUGAAUUCUGUGAUACAGUCACCAAGGACUUCUCUUUAACUCAAUGGAGGCAGCAGAAAUUGGAAAGUAACACUAGAGCAGGCACAGAGGAAGAUAAGACCUAUCCAUUAGCAGAGAUGGACACAGCGCAGUUUUUACAGACAAGCAACAAACCCAAGAAAAUGAGAAUGAACUAAGGAACUGUGAUGCAUAAUUGGUAAACAAAUUACAGGAGCUUGAUUGCAGUAGGCUAUUCCUUGUUCAAACAUGGGGGCGGAGGGAAACAUUCUACUAUAAUUUAGCAUCAGUCCAUAGCAGUGUCCUUAGUGGAACCCAUUCAGUGUUUUCCCUCUCUUCUAGAAGUCUAACUUCAUAUUACAAUGUUUAUUGAUAACUAUAAGUGUUUGAAUUGACUAAAUUAUUUUGUGAAUACUUUUUAUUGCUGAAUUUUCAACUGCAUUCAGAGUUAAUCCCUGUUUAUGCAGCUGAAUCACCAAAAGGGAACUAAUUUGCAUAUUUAUCAGUUAGGAGGCUACAAAACCCAAUAAGAGAGUUUCAGAUGAAUUACUCCAUUCAGUUCUGCCUUUGAUUUCAAGCUUGAGUAGGUCAUAAUUUUAAAAGAGCAUGGAAGGGUUGGGAUCUUUACAACCUAAUAGUUCUUUUUAUUAGGUGAGUAAUUAUAUCUGAAUCCCCGAAUAAAAUAUUUUGAGUAAAAUGGCACUAGAACAAAAGUAAUAAUUCAGAUUAUUUUCCGCAGUCAUGUGUUAGAGAGGAAAUCAGAUGUGAAGGAUGGAACUCAAAUGCUUCAUUGGAAACUCUAGUGUGUUUGUGAAAAUGUUUCUUACAAAAAUACAUUGUUAUUCAGUUGGCUCAGUUUUUAGUCAAAAUUUCCUAAGAAUUAAGAAAGUUGUAUCUCAGUGAAAGAUUGAAUGUUUAUGCUCUGUCAGAUUUCUAUCAAGAACUUCCAUUGAAAACAAAGCAAGUACAUUUGUCACAAUGACUACCAAAUUCAUAGUCCUGGUAUUAGAUCCCAUGUUGUCCCAACUUACAGUCUUGUUUCCACAAGUAAGGUUUAAAUGCAACAUCUAAGAAAGUUCUGCAACUUCUCUUUUUUACUAGCAAAGUUUUGGAUCAUACGGCCAAAUUCUACUAUCCUUUUCCUAGAGUAAGACAGAAGUAGUAAGAAAAAAAGAUCUGACUCAUAGGACUUUAAAGAGAGGCUUUUAAUCAAUAGAACAUUAAUAUAAAACUAAAUAUAUACAUUGUACAAAAUUAUCUAAAAUAUGUGAUGAGUGAACCUCAAAAAUUUAAACAAGUGGAUUUUGUUUGGAUAAGCAUCCUAAUUUUCAGAUACUUAUCUGAACAUUAGUUAUUGUGUAGCUGUCCCAUGUCAUUGAUUAUCAUAUUCAUUUUGUGAAUACAGCUCCUGUUGUUUUAAAUAUUAGGCCCUUGUAAGUCUGCAAAAUUGAUCUGGAUUCCUCACAAGCCUUUCUUAUGGAUUCUACAGCAAUUCCAUUUCUAAACUCAGAGAGAAACUGGAAAUGAAAAAGAAAUGCAAAAUUUCAGACCUUUUAGAUGACUCAGAUCAAGUUUGAUUUGACAUACCCAUGAGUCUUCAAAAAAGAGGAGAUUCUUAAAUAUUACACAGUGAUUCAGUCAUCCUUAAUAUGUAGGCACUUGCAGUCAUAGCUGUGUCCUAAUAUAUGCAUCAGUUUUUCUGUUUAACUUUACAUAAGUGAAGUUGUCUUAUACAAUUCAGUACAAUUUUGCUGAACUGGGGACAAAAUCUGAGCUAAAAAUAAAUUUCUGGCAUCUCUAUCCUAUAUAUAAACUAUGGAAAAGACUAGCUCAUGCUAUUAGCUAAUAUCAAGAAAUGCCAAACAUCACUCUCAUUAGUAAGAGACUUCUUCUGCAAAUUAAGUUUAACAUUUACUAGGAAAAGUAAAACUGUACCUACUGAAUACAUAUUUCACGUAAAAAGUGAGUGAGUGUUUUGAUUAAUUUUUACUUUAUCCGUUUUCUAAAUAUUCUGGAGCAGUACUAAGCUACAAACAUUGGUAGAUUACCUCCAUUUGUUCCUCUGGCCAUUUGAGUUUAUACAGUACAUAGGUUUAAUCCUAAAUCUGACUGCGUUAAAGUUUCAUUUGAUAGAUAAAGAAGAAUCUGUAGUCCUGUGGGUUAUGUCAAGCAAAAUUAAAUUAAUUUGGGUAUACAGGAAAAUGAAGGAUCCCUGGACCAAUAAUGCCUUUCAGAAACUUUACCUGAGGAAGUCCAGAAACUUUGACUAGUAUUGUCAAAGAAAUAGCUACUUAACUUAUAUUUCAGUUUAGUUGUCCUUUAAAUUAAAUAUUGAACUUCUACAUAAAUAUCUAAGCGUGUGAGACUCAUAUGAAUGUAACAGCACAAAACCUUCAAAGGCAUUUUUGCAUUUGCAGCUAAUUCAGCUCUAAAAUGGCUUAUAGUUUUGACUGAUUCCCAAACUUCCAGAAUAGUUAAAAUGAAAAAUUAUUGAGACUGAAUCAUCCUCUGCUGCAAAAACCCUCAUAAAUGUAAAGAAAGAUAAAACAACUUGUAAUGAAUUUAAAAAGCUGAUAUUGCCAUGGAAAGUAACUAGCUAAUCAUGCCUCUGAAUGCUUUUCUGGGCUGCUAUUCAGUGUUCAUGCUAAUUUUUUCCAUCCAUGCAUGGAACAAAUUUUGUUAUGUGCACGAAGGCAUGUGUGGAUGUGCACCACCAGUAGAAAAACAUGCUGCCAGCUGUAGGUGGCUGUGGGUGCUCUGCUAGUCAGCUAGGCAGCAUUUGACUCUCUCUCAGAUGGCCGCAAGCACACCACUUACAAGGAACACUGCUGCCAUUGCAGGUAGCAGAUAAGAGCUUGCAGUUAAGAAUUCUACAUCUGCAUAUUUUUUUCAAAGCAAACCUCGGAUGUGGAAUUCUGCCAGGAAAUUCAUUGUUCAAAAGCUUCAGAGGAGUAGCUGAGUUAGUCUAUACCUGGAAAAACUUAAAAACCAACAAAUAGUCUU